AAUUUCGACCCAAAGUUUCCUUCGCGGUCCGUUCUUUCAGGUAAGUGAAAUCCAGCAGCAACUUCAUUGGUAAGUAUUUGUUUCUGCUUGAGGUGUUUGCUCUCGGUGAUUGCUGUCUCGGUGCCAUAUGAGUCACGGCGUCACGCCCUUUGUUCCUCGCCCCAACACCGCCCUUCUCACAUAUUGAAAAGCGGCUCGAAAUCGGCUUGCACAAAUUCAAACUGCAGUUUCAAUUUAUACUGGACACCAUUCCAUUCUUGCCUCAUCGUGGUGGUCAUUAUGCAGGCCUUGGGUUCCGCGCUAGGCCGACCGCCCAUCACAACUCACGAAGAGCUGCAAGUCGAGCAAUUGAAUUUUCAUCAAGAAGUUGCCAAACUUCGUCGGAGUCUGCGGAUGCUCGAUGGCCAAAUCGGACCCAGUAAGAGUAUUACCAAUACCAAUGGAAGCCAAACAGAGGAGACGAAGCGCUUGAUUGCGCAGCGGAAACACCUUCAUGUCAAAAAGCUCUUACCGAAACUUCACCGCUGCCAAGGCGCCGAAAGAUCCAUCCAACAGAUGUUCAAAUUGAACCAUAUGAUCUUCUUUGAGUACUCCAAAUCAUUUACUCGGUAUUUUACAACACAAUUUUAUGAGAAAUUGCCCCGCGAACUUCGCGACAUCUGUUACGACUUUUUGCUGGACGAGGAAACCGUACAUCAGAUCAGCGUGGCGGCAUUGCAUCGAUAUGCUCCGCACCAAAAGGAUAUUUCGACGGGUGCCAUUCAUCUAGUUGACCCGCAAUUCUCACAUCAAAAGAUUGCUGCUGAAAUUCUCCUUGCAGCAGUCCAUAAACCGGGGAAGCGAGAAGGCAUGCAGUUUCGCGAGUUCGACGAGCCUAAUCAAAUCCUACAGACCAAGCUGUUCGGCUCGGACACCCCCCUCGGAGCGUUUUGUGGGACUAAUGAAAUCGUAUUUGGGCGAAAAUUUGCCAAGACAGCAGAGUUAGUUGCACGAAUGAGAGAAAUCGGUCAACUAUGGACGCUCUUCGAGACUGGAAUUGUCGAAGACGUUCGCAGUGCUCUUGGCGCCAUUCCUGGGGGUGGCGAGUGGGGCCUCUCUGUCCAUAUUGAAAUGAGAGGUUUUGGACAGAAGGAGAUCUGGCAAUGCGCUGUUGAUUGGGUCAACGAACUACACCUGAUUUCUGAAAAAAAGUUCAAGUACAUCAAGUACAAUAUAGGCGAGAAGGGCGUCUAUGCGCGUUACUCGAACUCACUGUGA